AGUUCACUGUUCUCCGGUCUCUGCGCUCAGCUCCGCUCCGUGUCUCAGCCAUGGCAUCAGGCAACAGGGGAUGGGGGGACAAGGAGGACGACCUGCCCGUGUACUUAGCCCGCCCAGGUACGGCGGAGCAGGUGCCCCGGGUAAAGUACGGGGGCAUGUUCUGCAAUGUGGAGGGAGCCUAUGAGAGCAAGACCAUAGACUUUGGCUCCCUAAGUGUGGGGCAGAAAGGUGCCAGGAAAAGCUACUCCGGGCGCCCAGGGACAAACACUCCGGAGAGGGCAGCACAAUGCCAGCCAGGCGGUAACAAAGGAGCGGAGAACCCCGGGGUGGAAAUCCGGAGCUCUACGGGGAAGGAGCUGCUGCAGAACCUCAGCGAGGACAAGAGUGAUCGCCUUUUAAUCAAAGGAGGUCGGAUAGUAAAUGAUGACCAGUCUUUCUAUGCUGACAUCUAUAUGGAAGAUGGGCUUAUCAAGCAGAUUGGAGACAACUUAAUUGUACCUGGGGGUGUAAAAACCAUUGAAGCUAAUGGGAAGAUGGUGAUCCCUGGAGGCAUUGAUGUGCACACCCAUUUGCAGAUGCCAUACAGAGGGAUGACAACAGUGGAUGACUUCUUCCAAGGGACUAAAGCCGCCCUUGCAGGAGGAACCACCAUGAUACUUGACCAUGUGAUCCCAGAGCCAGGAUCCAGCCUGAUUGAAGCCUACGAGAAGUGGAGAGAGUGGGCUGAUGGGAAGACGUGCUGUGACUACUCUCUGCAUGUGGACAUCACUCACUGGAAUGAUAGCGUGAGACAGGAAAUAGAAUCACUCAUCAAGCAGAAAGGUGUUAACUCUUUCAUGGUCUACAUGGCCUAUAAAGAUUUGUAUCAGAUGUCCAACACUGAGCUCUAUGAGAUAUUCACAUUCCUGGGAGGUCUCGGGGCAAUUGCUCAGGUUCAUGCUGAAAAUGGCGACAUCAUUGCCCAGGAGCAACAUAGAAUGUUAGAAAUGGGGAUUACAGGACCAGAGGGUCACGUGUUGAGCCGCCCAGAAGAGCUGGAAGCAGAGGCUGUGUUUCGUGCCAUAACCAUUGCAAGCCAAACAAACUGUCCACUAUAUGUGACCAAAGUGAUGAGCAAAAGCUCUGUAGAUCUCAUCUCCCAAGCCAGGAAAAAAGGUAAUGUUGUUUUUGGUGAACCAAUCACAGCUAGUUUGGGCACAGAGGGAACACACUACUGGAGCAAGAACUGGGCUAAAGCUGCCGCCUUUGUGACCUCACCACCCCUGAGCCCUGAUCCCACCACCCCUGACUACAUUAACGCCCUUUUGGCAAGUGGUGAUCUCCAGGUGUCUGGCAGUGCACACACUACAUUCAGCACAGCACAGAAGGCGAUCGGAAAGGAUAACUUCACCUUAAUUCCUGAGGGGACAAAUGGUAUCGAAGAAAGAAUGUCUGUCAUCUGGGACAAGGCAGUGGCUACAGGCAAAAUGGAUGAAAACCAGUUUGUUGCAGUAACCAGCACCAACGCUGCCAAGAUCUUCAACCUCUACCCCAGGAAAGGGAGAAUAGCAGUGGGAUCUGACAGUGACCUGGUCAUCUGGGAUCCAGAUGCAGUGAAAAUUGUUUCUGCUAAAAGCCAUCAUUCUGCUGCAGAGUAUAAUAUCUUUGAAGGCAUGGAGCUGCAGGGGGCACCCCUUGUGGUUAUCUGCCAAGGAAAAAUCAUGAUGGAGGAUGGUACCCUUCACGUGACUCAGGGAACUGGCCGCUUUAUCUCCUGUACUCCUUUCUCUGACUACGUAUACAAGCGAAUCAAAGCCCGGACUAAGAUCGCAGAGUUACAUGCCGUCCCCCGGGGUAUGUAUGAUGGGCCCGUCUUUGAUUUGUCAUCAACUCCUAAAGCUGGCACUCCAGCAGGCUCUGCUAAAGGUUCCCCAACGAGGCAGUCUGCACCAGUCCGGAACUUGCACCACUCUGCAUUUAGUCUAGGUGGAAACCAGGGAGAUGAGAGUGGUGUCCGUUCUGCCAGCAGAAGAAUCGUAGCACCCCCUGGUGGACGCUCUAAUAUAACAUCUCUCAGUUAAACAUCCAGGAAGAGUAGUGUGGGAAAACCAAAUUGGUACAAAUGGUAUUUCAGAGAGGUUCCCAUAUAAAUUAAACUUCAAACCAAUUCAAUCUAAGGAUUUAUUAAAAUUCAGGCCUUAUGUUUUACAAAUGCGUUUUGCUACCUAGCUUUAAAAGUGUUGCUGUUUUAUUUCUCCAUAAUGGCAUAGCCUUACGUUCCAACCAGUGCAUGCAGUUCAGUUGGUUGCGGGUGUAAGAGGGUAUCUGGUAAGGUUACAUUCUCCUGUGGUUUUUAUGUUUUUGGGAUUUUUUUUUUUUUUUUUUAAAUGAGGCAUUGAACACAUAUCUGUUGGAUAAAUUCAUUAGUUGUGAAACGUUUUUGGAUCUUCUGUCAACAAGCUUUUCUGUUUUUAUACAAGAACUGCAAUAAAAUGGAGGUCCCACAA